UAUGUUAGAUAAUAAAAAGCUUGCUUCUUUGGAAAAGUCUAAGGAUCGGAGUCCUGUGAUGCAGCUUUAUGCAAAAGAUGCAUCAAAGAAUUGGAAGCUUGUUGGAUCAGAUGGAGGCUACCUUUUGACAACAAAAGAGCCAUCAGCAAAUGUGGUCCUAUUGGAUUAUAUUUCAACUGAAAAAUGGCAAGACGUGGUAGAUUUUGAUGACCACCUUGAUGACAUUAGCAAAGAUUGCCUAAACCCAGAACUCUUCAAGUAAUUUGGCCAUGUUAGCAUUUUUUGUCACUCGACUAUCGUUGAAAGUGUCUGGGAU